AUUUAAAAUUUUCAUUACAGUGAUUCCGUACAAUUAUAUUCUUUUGUACUAACCACUGACGAUUCAAAAUGGCGUUUUGGAUUUUGUCGACACGAUCCCAAAGCUGGCACUACAAUGGUCAUUAUCACACUCUUGCCAUGGCAUGAUACAUUUUUAAAACUAUUAUCUGUACUUGCUGAGCUAAGAAGGACUGAUAUAAAAGACUUUCAUCAAUUUUUAACCGAGGCUUAUAAUAGUGGUGUACCAGAUGUGGGCAGUCAGUUGUUAUUGGUAUAUAGUCAAGGACAAAGUCAAUUCAUAUUUGAACGUCCUAAACAGUUUCAGUUGCCCAGUAUACCAGAGAAUCAUAAUUUGAAUUUAUAUUAUAAUUUUGUUUAUCCAAAGAAUAUGAUUGCCGUAUUUGCGGCCAUGUUAGCAGAGCGACGUAUUAUUUUUACCUCGAAACGUUUAGAUCGUUUAUCAUCUUGCAUACAGGCGGCCAAUGCAUUUCUUUAUCCCAUGGUAUGGCAGCAUAUAUUUAUACCAAUGAUGCCCAUGAAGCUAAAAGAUUAUCUAAGUGCUCCCAUGCCUUAUUUAAUAGGUGUACCUACAAUGGUAUUAGAUACGAUGAUGCCUGAAGAAUUAGGCGAUGUUGUGAUUUUAAACUGUGAUAGAAAUACUUUCGAAAGUCCCUUUGAUGAUGUCCAUUCUAUGCCUCCCGAAAUUGUUGCGCAUUUAAAAAAAGAAUUAAAUCGCACCAGUGAACAUAUGGGCGAUCGUGUUUCCAAAAUAUUUCUGGGCGUUUUGGUACAACUUAUUGGUGGUUAUCGAGAUGCUGUUGAAUUCCGUGAUACAGGCAAAACAUUUAAUAGCGAUAAAUUUAUCGACUCACGGCCUUCACAUUUAAGACCUUUCCUACGUAAAAUGAUGGAAUUGCAAAUAUUUCGUCAAUUUAUAGACGAACGUUUGGAAAUGAUGAAUACCGGUUUAGGUUUUUCCGAUGAAUUCGAACAGGAAACUGUACGUUAUGCGGAAAAACGUAAAAAACAUGGUCGUUUCUAUCAGUUCAAGGAAAAGACUAAUCCUGCUGUUAAGUCCGCUGUUAAAUCGGUAAAAGGAAGUUCACAAACUGCUCUACAUGCCUAUAAAAAUCUUAAAUCGAAAUUACGUGAUAUAACACCACCACAUACUACCGCUCAUAAUACCACACAUUUUCGUUCUCAAUUAACUUCGAAUUCUCAACAUGAUCGUAUAGAUGGUGUUGUCUAUGGCAAAGAUAGUCCUAUAAAAUCAUAUAUGGGACGUCAUUCUGCACCCAGUUCUCCUAUAUUUGGUAAACGUGUUAAUGGUGUGGCCGGCACUUCGUCGGUUGGUUUUCAAUAUGCUUCCAAAGAACAAAUUACAAGUGCCUCUUUACAUUUGCGCCGCGCUCCAACUCCUUUGGCCAUGUCUAGCUCGAGUACGCACAUACAGUCAAAUGGUUAUGCGAAAUCUUCAACUGGUUCUUAUAAUCUUAAUAAUAAUGUGGCUUCAUCUCCAACGGUCAGUCCGGCGAGUUCGUUAUGCUCAUCUGAAAUGAAUUUAUCGCAGGAAUUACAAAAUCAUCCGCUAUUUAAGACACCCAUUGUGGAUAGAAGUCUUAAACCAUGUCACAGUUUAGAGCCAAAUCAUCGCAUAACGGCCUCGCGUACUGGGGGACCACCCCCGGCUAGGCCACCACCACCAGCACCUCAUUUAUUACAGCUUUAUCAGCAACAGCCGCAACAACAACUCUAUGGUCCAACAUAUUAUAAUCAUCCAUAUGGUUCACAUCCUCGGGUAGAAGGAAAACCACCAUUUGUUCCCAGCAGACCGGCACAAAUUUACAUUCCAAAAUCAAAAUCACAAACCCUUAAUACAGCCAGCAUUACUACUACUACUACCACCGCCACUAGCAAUCAUUUAACACAUCAACAGCAAUUACAACUGCAGGCACAAUCACAACCUUCAUAUACUUCAUCUUCAAAUCCCAAUAAUCAAUUAACACCAACCACCAACACAACCACUGAUUCCUCAUACGAUACACCGCCUGAUAUGCAAUCACCACCGGUGCCACCCAGACGUCAGGGCAACAAUACUCCCCCUACACCCACACCUUUUAAUGGAGGUGGUGUUAAUAUGUUGUCAAAUGCUGUAGCAGCUACAGCUGCUGCCGUUACUGCGGGUAUUACACGAUUGGAGCGUAACUGCUGGCAGGAUUAUGCCGAGACUCAACUUUUACAAAAUGAUUCUUUACGCAGUUCUGCCUCCUCAUCAUCAAAUACUUCCAAUUUAUCGAAUUCAUCAUCAUCUAGUGCGUCUUUUGUAACGGCCGCUUCUCGUUUUUCGCUCUAUCAAUCAUCGCCACCCGGUUGUGAACCGCCUGUACCAGCUCCGCGUUUAAAAAAAGAUAAAGACAAAGAGUCCUUACGUUCUCUACAGCCCCAACAUAUGACAAUGGGUAUGAAUGGUAUUAAUAAUACAGCUUCCUUAAACACCACUACUACCAACACAACAACAAUAGCAACAACAACAACAAAUACUACAGCUGCUAACAAUUCCCAUGCUUCUGAGGAUUCCAUGAAAGAUUUAAUAUCGCUGGACGAUAGUCAUAAUAGUAGUUUUGAUUUAGAAGAUUUUGAUCCUUUAAAUCAAAAUGCACGUCCUUUACCCACACAUAAAGUGGGUGGCGGUAUUAAUAGCACUAGUAAUACUCAUAUGAAAUCAACAACCUUGCCUACAACAAAUGCUAAAAAUCCCUCUACGCUAAUGACUAUAUCCAGCAUAAGUAAUCCCUUGUAUACCUAUUAUACACCACAGCAUUUGCCACAGCCAAUGGCUUUGAAACCUCCUACCGAGAAACCACCACCUUUACCUAAGACAGUACCACCUCCUAUGCCACCACCCGAUGAAGAUUUUGAAUUGUUGCGUAAAUAUGGUCUCGAUCAGUUUACCUUGAUCACAACAACGGUUACAACGACUAGUAAUAGUUCAACUAUAACCACUAGCGGCAUGAGCAAUUGGACAACAUUUGAUUGAAUCAUACUUCGUCAAGUGGUAUCAAUAAAUAAUUUACACUAUAUUCUAUAUAAAAUCGAAAAUAUCAUUUAGUUAUCCUAUUUGUGUUUUUUUUUUCUUUUUAUUUAAUAAUAUCUCUUUGUAAAUACUUAUUUUAAAGCAAAUAAACAAAAAUUAUUAAGUUUAUAUUCUUGUAAAAUAUUAAAAUUGUUAGUUGUAUCUGUAG